AUGUCAAAUCAAGCUCUAUUUCAAUUAUCCACAACUCUCGUCGGUCACGAAGCUGAUGUAGGUACUUCAUAUCUAUUAGUUUAUAGUCUGUCAAAUUGGUUAAUUUUGUGUUAUUCAAAGAUCAAAGCUGUGUGUUGUCCUGACGGGAAUUCCGUUGUUUCCUCUUCUCGAGACAAAACCGCACGUCUGUGGUCUAGAGCAGGCGAAAAAGCUUUUACCGAGAACAAAAUUUUUCUAGGGCAUGAUAAUUUUGUAAAUUCUGUUGCGUACUUGCCUCCUACAGCAGACCACCCUGCAGGUCUUGUAAUUAGUGGUAGCAGUGAUAAAACCAUUAACGUGUUUGAUAUCCAAAAUCCACAAGAACCCGUAUACUCAUUAAUCGGUCAUUCAGACAACGUUUGUGCUUUGGAUGUUACCCCUUCAGGUUUCAUUGCAUCUGGUUCUUGGGAUAAGUAUGAAUUAUACGGACACACGUCUUUUGUAUAUUCUCUCGGAGUUUUGCCUACAGGUGAAAUUAUAUCUAGCGGAGAAGACCGAUCUGUAAAAGUUUGGAAAGAUGGGGAAUGUAUACAAACAAUUAUACAUCCUGCGACUUCAGUGUGGUGUGUUGCUUCAAUGCCUAAUGGUGACAUUGUCAGUGGUUCCAGCGAUGGAAUAAUUCGACUUUUUACCAGGAAUUCAGAACGUGUUGCUGAAUCAAAUAUUUUAAAAGUUAGUUUGCCUCAGCGAAUUCAAAAUUUAAAGAAUCAAGUUGGAGAUUUGAAAAAAGACAAGCUUCCUGGACUUGAAGCACUCCAAAAACCGGGUCAAGUAAUUAUGGUACGUGUCGGCGAUAUAGUCGAAGCACAUCAAUGGAAUCAAUCAGAUCAAUCAUGGCAUAAAAUUGGUGAAGUGGUUGAUGCCGUUGAUCAGGGAAGAAAACAACUAUAUAAAGGAAGAGAAUACGAUCAUGUAUUUGAUGUUGACAUUGGAGGGGGCUCUCCUACGUUGAAAUUGCCAUUUAACACGAAUGAUGAUCCAUAUCAAGCUGCACGAGAAUUUAUAUCGGCUAAUGGGCUUCCAGAAGGCUUUACGGAACAAAUUGUAGACUUUAUCCUGAAAAAUGCACCAGGCGCUACUAUAAGUUCAGGAUCACAAUAUGCUGAUCCUUAUACUGGACCUUCACCUGUUACAGGGUCUUCUUCAAUUACAUCUGGACCAGCCGGAAUUCUUCCACAUAAAACUUAUCUCAAGUUUGAUCAAGCAAAUAUUCAAGCAAUAUUGAAAAAAAUUAGUCAAAUAAAUGGCGAUUUGCAACAGAAUGAGUCUACAAAUAACGCUGUUUUAACUUCUGAGGAAAUAACUACACUCGAAAAUUUAGCAAAAUUCUUGCAGAAUCCGACUAAUUCCGGAUCAAAUAAUGAUCGACAACAGGAGUUUAUUGUUAUUCAUCAAGAAACAAACAUGAUGUUGGGUCUUAGAGCUCUGGCGAAUUUAUUUAAUGUCGAAGAAGGAAAAGCAAUUAUAAAACGUGAAGCGUCUAGGAUCAUAGACUUGAUACCUAAUACAUGGAACAAAAGUACAAAUAAAAAUCUUCGAAUCGCUUUAGUCACUGUGUUUCUUAAGUAA